AUGGAUGUGAAAUGCCAAGGAUGUUUGAACAUCACCACCGUGUUCUCCCACGCCCAAACUGCCGUUACCUGUGACAACUGCUCCACCGUGUUGUGUACCCCAACUGGAGGUAAGGCCAAGUUGACCGAAGGUUGCUCUUUCAGAAGAAAGUAG